AUGGGCAACUCAGCGCUGUCGCGGGAAUUCUCGGGUCGUCGCUUGUCGACGGAGGAGCGCGAGGCCAUGAAGCGCUUCGGUGAAGAAGAAAUUAGACUUCUACGCGAAACUUUCAAAGGUCUAGCUAACGGCAAAGACGGUAUUAGCGUGGACAAGGAGACUUUUCUCAAGUGUUUUCCUAUGCGUGGAUUGCUGGGCGAACGAUUGUUCGAGGUGAUCGACAAGGAUGGCUCCGGCUCCAUCCACUACAAUGAGUUUGUCUAUGGACUGGCCAUUCUUUUCAGAGGAUCAAGAAAGGAGAAGCUUAAAUUUAUCUUCGAUCUCUACGACCUCAGCGAGGCUGGAUCAAUAUCACGCCAUGAGCUCAUGACGAUGCUGCAUCAGUUCCCCGAGUCGGCGUUGGAUCUCAUCAAUCCGAAGACUGAGCAUGAAGAAACAAACAAUUCUUUAGAAGUAUCAACCCCGGUUAAUAUGAUGGAAGAGGUUGAGGCACUAGUGGACAUGGCAUUCCCAUCUCCGUCCACUCCCAGCACACGUCUAAGCUUUGAGCAGUUCUGUCACUGGUGUGAAAACACCCCCGGGGUUACUAACUUUCUAAUGAGCGUCCUACCUGUGGAAGAUCAUGUGCCGAGGGAUGGUAACUUAAGUCCCCGUGGUAGCAGUACAGCCCCUGUUGCACCAGUAGACGGGUCCACUUUACCCCCUGGAAGUCCCUGCCCUGGCGAGCUCGGGGACCUGCGUAAGAAACACAACUCGUUUGCCAACCUACACAUCAACCGAACUGCUGCGAAAGCGAAUGCUAUCCCCUCAGCGGAUCCAUCAAACCGUAAAGAGUUGGAAAAGACUCGCAAUCUACUGCAAGAAGCCAAGUGUUCCUGCAAUAUCGAGAGUGUGACUGUCAAAAUUCAAGUUGCGCUAGCUGAAGUGGAUCGCCUGCUCUCACUACCCGCAGGGACUUCAGGAGUUCUAAAGUCCGAAUCGAGAGGUGGCUCCUUCACGAGUUCUGGUGGAAGUCCAACGCCUUCACAAGCAUUAGACGAACUUCCAGGAGUGACGUUGAUCGAGGAUUCCUCCAGUGUCUCUGGAGACUUAUGGAAGCGAGGCUCGCGUCUACGAAAGAUGAUCAAGCGCCACUACGUGCUACAAGGCAACUUCCUAUACUACUACGCCUCUCCGGAUGAUACGGCACCUCGUGGGGUGGCAUUUUUGAGUGAUUGCUAUGUGGAGGUACAACCCGAAAAGAACGAGAUCGUGGAGAAAGGUGUGCACUACUAUGGAAUUGAUAUUGUACCGGAACCUGGUAGUUCACGUGAGAAGCGUACAGUAUUUGCUCGCUCACUUGACGCCCAGAAACGUUGGGCAGCAGCACUCCGAAAAGCUACUGACAAGAUUUCAAUUGAAGAAGUAUACAACGUCGGUGCGCAACUUGGUCGUGGACGAUUUUCCAAAGUUUGCGAAGCCACACACAAGCGUACAGGCGUCAAGUCGGCAGUGAAAAUCAUCGACAAGAGCAAGUUGCAGCCCACUGAAAAGGAACUUUUACGCACGGAGAUCGCCAUCUUGAAGCUCGUUCACCACCCGAACAUUAUCCGACUAUAUGAUGUAUACGAGGAUCGCCAAUACAUCUUCAUUGUCACGGAAUUAGUGUCAGGUGGAGAAUUGUUUAACCGGAUCGUCGGUCGUGCACGAUACACCGAGGCCGAAGCUCGUCUGGUCAUGCGUCCACUACUUGAAAGUGUCAGCUACUUGCACCGAUUGGGAAUUGUGCACCGAGACCUCAAGCCAGAAAAUAUUCUCUGUGGUGAGGCACUGACGGAUCUCAAAAUUGCGGAUUUCGGAUUGUCAAAACUUGUUCAUCCGGAGGAACUUAUGAAAAUGCCUUGUGGGACGCUUAACUAUGUGGCUCCAGAGGUGCUUGCACUUGUGGGUUAUGGCCGUGAAGCCGAUAUUUGGUCUCUUGGGGUCAUCAUGUAUCUACUGCUUCGAGGUGAACUUCCUUUCUAUGGGAAAGCGAAGAGUGAGGUCAUCCAGAAGACUUUGCAUGCUGAAGUCAAUCUAGAGACGGAUUCGGCUUGGAGAAGUGUGUCUCCAUCUGGAAAGUCCCUACUAAGAGGUUUACUUACGAAAGACCCAGCACAUCGACUUACGGCACAGGAUGCUUUACUACACGAGUGGUUCUUGGUCAAGUCUCCAAAGGCCCCGGUUAGUAUUACUACGGGUGGUAGUGUGGUAAAUGUAGCUUCACCGCCAAAAAACAGACAAUAG